AUGAAGGGAAUCAUCUGUGAGAAGGCUGGCGAGCCUUUCAAAAUUGUUGACAAUCUUGAUGUCCCUGAGCCAUCGUCUGACCAAAUACUGGUCAAAUCGAUCUAUAUGGGCCUGAAUCCAGUAGAUGGAAUGAUGCAGUCAUCAGGAGUGAUCGUUCACGAAUGGCCACUUUUCCUUGGAGUCGAUGUGGCAGGCGUCGUGGUAAAAGUCGGCGAGAAUGCCGCCUCAAUGUUUAAAGUUGGCGAUCAUGUUUGUGGAUGCACACGUGUAGGAUAUCCUGGAUACAAUAGUGGGCAGGAAUAUCUAUUGAUGGACGCCAAAAUUACGAUACCUAAGCCGAAGAACAUUUCACUUGUCGAAGCUGCCACGAUAGGUGUUGGUCUGGAGCUCUUUGGUAUUUGUGGGUAUAAAGUGAUGGCAUCGAGUUCCGCGUACUCGGUCCCUCUCGUUAAAAACCAAGGCGCAGAAGCCGUGUUUGACUAUAAAAUGUCAAUAGCCGAGCAGGUCAACGAGGUCCUUUCUAUCACCAAGGGCAAGGUUCAUCGGGUCUUUGAUGCUGCUGCAUCGGGUGAUGAGUUCGCGAAGGAGUUAUAUAGAAGGCUCCCUGAGGAAGGUCCAAAACUGUUCUGCUCGACAAAUGCUUGGAGUGGGAUAACCGACUUCGAAGGGGUCAAAACAAAAGUUGUUGAACUGGCAGUUAUUGGAAGACCACAUGCAGAACAUACCAACAAGGUGCUCGCUGAGUAUAUUCCAGUAUUUGUAGCACUGUUCGAACAUGAGAACCAAUUAUUCCCUCCCCCGUAUGAUUUGGUGGGACAAGGGGGUUUUGAAGAUGCACUUGAGGCCCACCAGUAUCAGCAAAAGGGGGCCGGAAGAUCAAAUAAGGUGGUAGCCAAGAUCCAGGACGAAUAG